UAAGAGCAACUCUCUCCAUAGCAACUGAAAACUUUUCAAGGCAGCAAUAAACUAAUCCUCUCCAGCUUCCAGAGCACCAUCAAGGAAUUUUAAAAACAUUGGACUUCCAGCAGCUAAAAUACCUCUAAGGAUUCAGAAGGCCACAAAGCUAGAUACACAAGCAUUCUUUUUCCCUUCAGAAGAUUUCUCAGGUUUCGAGUUUAAGCUGUGAAGUGCAAACAACAAUCCAACAUUCAGUGCAGAUCACGCACUGCAGGAAAAGGAGAUGCGUUUUCUGACCAAGCACCCAGCUCUUGGGAUGGUAUGUUCCGCUUUCAUAUUCAGCGUGCUCAUUGCUGAAGGACAGCUUGGGGAAGAGCAUGGUCAGAAUGGCAGCUAUGCUUCCAGCCGAGGCUAUCUGAUGGAAGUUUUACGCGUUCUUUCAGCUGACAACACUGAGCUCCACGUGAACCAUUCGCAAGAACUGGUCAGAAUAUUACUGGAGAGAACUGAGUGCCCACAGCGGAUUUAUGGCAUGCAAGAGGAUUGUAAUCUGUGCCUUGAACCAGAUGCUGUAUUACUAAUAGCUGGUGGAAAUUUAGAAGACUAUCUCAGUGAAGAAGUAUUUGAGAGAAUUUCUCUUAUUCUUCUCUACUACAUUCUUCAUCGUAGAGAUGCAUGCUCUUCAGAACUCAGCUUGAAUAACAAGGAUUAUAAAUUUUACCUACAGAGUAUGCUUAAUUUAAGACAUGAUGAAGACUGUUAUUAUUUUUCACGCAAUGAAACUGAAGAUAUUUUGGCUGCAGUAAGGCAACAUUUUAAAACUUCUGAAACACAGUGUGUUGAUGUGAGUACUCUGGAGAAAAAUGCUGAUAUAAUGGACAAAGAUGGUGCUGAUGAAAACACUCUUCCACGCCUUGCUGCUUUAAUCAUUACUCUGGCUCUCCAAGGAGUCUGUAUGGGGAAAGCAAGUUUGCCAUCCCCAGAGUUCUUUACAAAAUAUAUUUUCAGUUCUCUAAACAGUACCACUGAACUCCAAGUGACAGAACUGGAACAACUAUUAAAUGUGCUUGCGGCCAAAAAGACCUGCACUGUGAAUGGACAAUUUCACAGUCACAAAAGAAGACGUUAUAGUACAGCAAUCAGAGAUAUUGGAGUCAGAAAUAUUCCAGUCAAAGGAAAUCAUACGAAAAGAGAGUAUCUGAAAGGCUAUUCUGAAGAUCGUGAAAGGAGCACAGAUUGGGACCAGGUUUGUUUCUCUGCCAAUGAACUGGUGAAGAUAUUUUUAAGAAACAGUUCUUCCUCCAUUUCUAAGGACCACUUCAAGCAAAUCAGUCCAGCUAUCAUUCAGCAACUGUUAAGUUGUUCAUGUCAGCUUCCUGACUCCGAGAAGACAAAGCUUCCACCAACAACUCUGGAAAAAUAUGGUUACAGCACUCUUGCUGUUUUACUUAUUACUAUUGGAUCUAUGUUUGGUACAACCCUCAUUUUAUUUAACUCCUGCCAAGAAAUCUAUACACUCAUUUUACAGCUGUUUGUCGGUUUGGCUGUUGGGACUCUUUCUGGAGAUGCAUUGCUACACCUUAUUCCUCAGACUCUUGGUUUACAUAAACAUGAAGCACAAGAGGUAGAACAUUUCUAUGAGGGGAAAGAAUAUAUUUGGAAACUUUUGGGAAUGAUUGGAGGAAUUCAUGGAUUUUUUCUGAUAGAAAAGAGUUUCUUUCUUCUGGUAACACCCCAUGACCAGCAGGGCUUUUCUUUAGUUAAUGGGCACUGGGGACAUUCCCAUGAUCUUCCAGUGGAAUCUGAAUUAAAUGAACAUACAGGCAGAGGCAAAUCUACUUCAACCAUACAGUUGAGAAGCCCAGAAGAUUCUGAGUCUGCUGAAGAUCCUCCACAGAGUAAGGCCAUCAGCAAAAAAAGUAAGAAAAUUAGCUUGUUAGCAAUAAUGGUUCUGGUGGGUGAUAGUCUUCACAAUUUUGCUGAUGGCUUGGUAAUAGGAGCAGCAUUCUCAUCCUCAACAGAAGCAGGUGUGACAACAACAAUUGCUAUUUUAUGCCAUGAAAUUCCUCACGAAAUGGGUGACUUUGCUGUGCUGCUAAGUACAGGGAUCCCCACAAAGAUUGCAAUUAUGAUGAAUUUCAUAAGUGCACUAACAGCAUUCUUAGGACUUUAUAUUGGCCUUUCUGUAUCAGCUGAACCAUGCAUUCAAAACUGGAUUUUUACUGUUACAGCCGGAAUGUUCUUGUAUUUAUCUUUAGCAGAAAUGCUUCCUGAAAUGACUCAUAUUCAAACACGGCGACCCUGGUUGAUGUUUCUCCUACAGAACCUUGGAUUACUAUUAGGCUGGCUUUGCCUCUUACUUUUGGCUCUAUAUGAACAGAAAAUUAAAAUAUAAGUUUUCUGCUGGAAACCUUGAAGUACCACUUAUGACAGUGGAUAGCAUUAUUCACAAUUGUGUCAUGUCUGCUAUAGUGAUAUAUAAAUUGAGUUGCUGGGAUUUUAUAUCUGAAAAUAGAUAACUAUUUCACUUUAUUAACUUAUUGUUCAAAUUUUGGUUUUUGGUUUUGGGUUUGUUUUUUUUUUUGUAAAAAUGAAUGUUUAGAAUUACGUUUUAUUUGUUACUGAGUCUACCAGAUACCAUGCUCAAACUCACAGGAGCUUUUAAUUAGUUUUUAUUGAGACUAUUCUAGUUGAAUGCUCUAAGUGAUCUCUACCAGUCUGAUUUAAGAAUAAAAUGUUUUUAUAUACAGUAAUUAAAGUGGACUAACCAUAGCUGAAUAAUUUGAAGCAGAAAUGUUUUCUGCCUCUUAGUACAAAAAUAAAUGUGUUUCUAUAAAACUAAAAA